AUGAAUGAUGAUGAUAAUCACAAAACAUCCACGUUGGAUCUUAAUCUUCAACUUGGAUUAGGAUUCCAUGUGGAAAAAAAUGUGAGCAAAUCAUUGGUUAAUUCAAAAAAUGAUUUAGCCUUUGAGUUGAGUUUGAAGAGAGGCUAUGCUGAUGAACAAGUUGAAGAAGAAGAUGAAGAAAUUGCUAUUAACACCACCAAUGACAGGAACGGGUGCACAAAGAAAUUGAGGCUUACAAAGGAGCAAUCUACCAUGCUUGAAGAUGCUUUCAAGCUUCAUAACACCAUCAACACUGCUCAAAAACGGGCACUUGCUGAGAAAUUGAAUUUAAAGCAAAGACAGGUUGAGGUUUGGUUUCAGAACAGAAGAGCAAGGACAAAGCUGAAACAAACCGAAGUAAACUGCAUAUUCCUAAAGAAAUGUCAUGACAAACUAAGUGAAGAAAAUCUCAAGCUGAAGAGGGAAUUAGUAGAGUUACGUGCAUUAAAAGUUGGUGCACCAAACACAAGUCAAUCAUCCUCUAAAGGUGCAGAUUGGAACAUUUGUUCAUCAUGCAAGAAAAUAUGGAAACCCAAUGAAGAAGAAGAUGUGGUUAGAAAGAGCAGCCAUAGCACCAUAGAGUUAGAUUAG